AUGGUCUUCGCUCAAGUACAGAUCCACACGGCAACAACGCGUUCUAUGGCAACCAUUCCGGACUACAAGUGCAGGGAGCCAGAGGUCACUGGUCACUCCCGUGUGCCUGCGCAGCAGGUCAAGAUGAAGUCCACCCACACCCAACAGGCGUUGGAUUGGCUGCAGCAGAGUGGUGAGCACUACCUGUCCAUUCACACAUCGCCAGGGGCAACCAGUGCAGAGACCCAGGACCUGCUGGCUCAACACAGGGAAUUCUGCAUCUCGGCUAAGCACACUCAGGAGAAGGUGCACCUGCUGAUCCAGCUGGCAGAGAGCAUGCUGGGUAAGGGCCACUCCCACAGGGUGGAGCUACGGAGGUGUGUGUCGACGGUGGACAAGCGCUACCGAGAGUUCUCCAUGCGCAUGGGCCAGUACCGGACCACACUGGAGACUGCACUGGGAGGCUGCACACAGGACAAUAAGGACCUGGAACUGGAGCUCAUCCCCAACAGCCUCUCUGACUCUGACCCCGAAGUGAACCUGAACGACCCCAACCACGAGGUCAGCGACGAGAAGAGGAGGACGGCCAGGAAGAAAGAGUAUAUCAUGUCAGAGCUUCUCCAGACAGAGAGGGUGUAUGUGAAGGAUCUGCAGGAGUGUAUUGAUACCUACCUGUGGGAGAUGACCAGUGGCUCUGAAGAGAUCCCCAGCAGGAUCGCCAACAAGGAUGACGUUGUCUUUGGGAACAUCCAGGACAUUUACGAGUUCCAUAACAGUAUUUUCCUGAAGGAGCUGGAGAACUACGAACAGCUACCUGAGGAUGUGGGUCACUGCUUCGUCACCUGGGUAACCACCAAGACAUUAUGUAGCAGUUAA